AUGGCAGCACCGCUCUCCGAAAUUGGAGUCAUGGCUCUUAAUGCACCAACAUCGAUAGCUACCUCGCGCGAGGACGAUUAUGAAGUAAUAAGUUACAGCACCACGCAGACCACGACGUCAAAUGGUUCCGAUAGCGAUGGACCACCAAGCUCUCCAUUUGUUCAAGAUGUUCAGGAUGUCUCUGAAUCUGCGAAUUUAGAAAACAUUUCACCGAACAAGAUGCUUCGAUUGACAUCCAAAAGUCCCGUCGAGCGCGAACCAACUUCCCCCUUGAAGAUGCUUAAAAGCCGCGCAUCACCCACAUCAACACAAUCACCGAGGAAAACAUCUCAUGAUUACAUGAAAAGUCCGAGAAAGAUGUCUGCGCCGGAAAAGCGGUUUCCUGUCAGACCAUCUAUUUCGCAAUCUAUUUCUUCACCGCCGCCAGAGAAGACAUCUCCUCCGCCUCCGCCAGUGGAACGAUCUUUGAGCAUUGAUGAUGUUUUGAAGAACAACGAAGGUCUUACAAAGGCUAUUGAGAUUUUGGAGGACAAUGAUAGCGAGCAUGAGGAAUUUGUUGAGGAAACCUUUGUCACUUCUGCAGCUAAGAAUGGAGAUGAGACGACCAUGGACGACACAAUGGUUAGCACAUUUAGUAAUUUCUCUGCUAUGCCAGACAUGACAAUGUUUGCAAAAUUGGGUCAAACACCAAAACAUGCAACCAUGGGUCCUACGCCUAGAAGAGCUCCUUUCGAUACCCCUGCAGCGGCAGCUCGAAGACGUCCAAUGAGUACAUAUUCACCAUCUCCAACGCCACGUGCGACCAGAACAGAGACUCGAGAUGACACAAACCUUCUCGAUUUUACAGAACAGUUCAAUAAUUUUUCCGGACGUCGCCAAUCACCGAACAAAACAGGAAGGGAAUCACCUAUGAAAGGGUCGGAUAUGCCCUGGAUGCCAUCAACCCCAUCCGUCAAUAGAAAUAACAUGUCAAAUCUUUUAGACUUUGAUAUUCCACCCGCACCAACGCCACGCAGUAUGCCUUCGAUCACUCCCCGCGAACUCGAAACGUUAAAGUCUGGCUUCCUCUCUGAGAUUAGCAGUCUCAAAGCCUCCCUCAGCGGCCAAGAAGCCCAAGUCGCUUUCCUCAAAACCGCUGUUGGUGAUGCCGAAAAACGUGUCGGCGAAUGUCUCGAACAAGUCCGUGAAGAACGCAAUCUCAAAGACCAGCUCCUCGUCGAAAAAGAAGAAUGGGAUAAACGCGGCCGCGAGAUGGAAGCCGUUCUGCGCAAUGUCAAAGAGGAAAUCCUACACGGCGAACGCGAACGCGACGAUCUAGAAGGUCGACUCGAGGAAACGGAACGCAGGAGAGAAAUGUCCGAAGUCAUGGCGCAAGAAGCAGAACGUCAACUCGCCGCCUUGAAAGCCGGCAAACCACCGCCUGCGCCUUCAUCUCCUAAAGCAGGGGAAUGCGCAUGUGGUGGCCAACGCAACGUCGAAAUGGCAGUCGAAAAAGUCUCUCGCGAACUCCACACCCUGUAUAAAGAUAAACACGAGACCAAAGUCGCCGCCCUCAAGAAAUCCUACGAACGACGCUGGGAGAAGAAGAUCGCAGACCUCGAAUCCCAGAUCGCCGAUCUCACCCGCGAAAAUGAAGAGCUCAGACUCGGCCGCGACGCUACGAUGACUAAAGUCGAUCCCCGCGCCCAAGACGAACUCUCCGCUCAAGCUGCGAAGGCAAAGGAAUUGGAAUCCGAGCUCGAGGGUCUGAACGAGGUGCUGAGGAGUAUUCAAGGCGACAACCACGAUCUCCGCGGUAUGCUGGACGAGGAGCGCGCAGAGAAGGGACGUUUGGUACAAGCUGUCGAUGAGAUGAUCCCGCUUGUCCAGGCGUUUGAUGAUUUACUCGCUGAGAAGGAACGGGAGAAGGAGAAGGAAAGGGUCCCGCCGCCUACGCCUACGUCGUCUGGAUUGGCUUCUCCGAGGGCUAGACCGGUGAGUCAGAUUGGGAUGGCGAGAGGCAGUGGACUUAGAGCGCCUGGUGGUAAACCGCCGUUGACUCAGGAGAGUCGCAUUGGACGCGUGGGUAUGGCGGGCGGGAUGGGGAGUGAGAGGAGUAGAAGCGGGAGUAGUGCGGGGGGUGGGCGGCCAGGGAGUGGAUUGGGGUUUGCGGCUGGCACGGGGUAUCUGGCGGGCGGGGCGGGGAGGAGCGGGAUUAUGAAUUCGAUUGAGAAGAUGGGGAGUUUUAGGGGAAGGGCGGGGGAGUGA